AACCGUGUGAGUGGUUGACAGUUGACACUGACCUUCUUUCUCUCUUACGCUCCGUCUAACCAAAGCAACCCGCGAAACUUUAUCUCCUCUGUCCCCUUCAAUACCCGACCCGACCCGUAUAUCAUUCACAGUUCGCUUUCUUCAGAUCCAGAUACCGACACCACUUCCCUUCCUAUUCUCUUCUUCCUUUUUAACUCUGUUUUUAGUGCUUUGUCGUUUAUCGGCAUUUCGCUUCUUCAAAUACUCAUUGCUAUGCAAAUGGUGGUUGGUAGGAUAGAUAAUAUUCAUGAGCUGGUCGGAGUUUGUGUUCUGCUAUCUAAUGUCAGAAGAUGUUCUAUUGUAUCGAUGUAGUUAAGACAAGAACCGAGUAACUGCAACAUUUUGGAUCAAUAAGACUGCACCUGAAGGUAUUCUGAAAGACAAUGGAUCACAAAUCAUGGCCCUGGAAGAAAAAAUCCUCAGAUAAAAACACGGUUGCUGAUGACAAAGCAAAUAUCUCUUCGAGAAGACAUGACGAAGAGACGGUAUUGAGUGAUAAAGCUGAACUAGAAAGAGAGCUGGAGGUUGUGAAUGCCAAGCUUUCCUCUGCUCAGGUGGAAUGUCGUGCUAAAGAUGAUUUUGCACAGAAACAGAUGAAAAUUGCACAGGAAGCAAUUGCAGGCUGGGAGAAGACUGAAACAGAAGCAAGAUUGCUAAAGCAAGAACUAGAAAAAGCUCUACUGCAUAGCGCAGCGGGUGAAGAGAGAUUAGUUAACUUGGAUGCAGCACUCAAGGAAUGUAUGCAGCAGUUGCGUUUUGUUAGAGAUGAGCAGGAUAACAGGAUUCACGAUGCAGUAUUGAAGGCAUCGAAAGAGUUCGAAAAAACAAGGACUCUCUUAGAGAGAAAAUUAGCUGAUGCAGGGCAAAAGCUUUCCCGAUUAGGUUCCGAGAACACUCAGCUUAGUAUGGCUCUCAUCGCAAAGGAAAAGGCAACGGGUCAUUUAAAAGGACGAUUAGCUCAGGCAGAAGCAGAUUUCAGUGCCUUGAAAACACGACUGGAAUCUGCUGGAAAAGAGAAUGCUUCUCUGCGAUAUGAGGUUCGGGUCCUUGAGAAGGAGCUUGAGAUCCGGAAUGAAGAGAGAGAAUUUAAUCGCCGAACAGCUGAUGUUUCACACAAGCAACAUCUGGAGAGUGUGAAGAAAAUUGCAAAACUGGACUCAGAAUGUCAAAAGCUACGCAUCCUUGUUAGAAAGAGACUGCCAGGCCCUGCCGCCUUGGCCAAAAUGAAGAAUGAAGUUGAAAUGUUGGGGAAGGAUCAUGCUAAAAUGAGGAGAAGGAAGUCAAAUCCGUCUCCAAAUAGUUCAGUAGACUUAACUUCGGAGACGGCUCCUGAUACUCCAAACAGGAAGAUUAACUUCCUCGCUGAGCAUUUAUGCAUGUUGGAUGAGGAAAAUCGGACUCUGAAAGAAGCGCUAUACAAAAGAACUAAUGAACUCAAACUAUCUAGGAUGACAAAUGCUCGAACAACUGCUGAACCAGAAAAAUAUCUUCCCUCUGCGCAGGAACUGUCUGUGACAUCGCUGUCUGAUAUGGGCAGCGAUGACAUAGGUGGCUGUUCCGAGUCGUGGGCUUCUGCCCUAAUGUCAGAGCUGGAGCAUUUCAAAAAUGAGAAACAAAUAGGUCCGCCAUCAUCUAUAAGUGUAGGAGCUUCAGAUAUAAAUCUGAUGGAUGACUUUGCGGAGAUGGAAAAUGCAGUUGAGUCUACAGAUAACCCUCUGGGAGCUCUUCAUCAUGCCUUACCGAGGGAAAAUGGAGAUGGGGGUGCUUUGGAGUUUCAGUUAUGUUCUCAUUCAUCAGAAGGAGAUAGUAGAGAGAGAGUUCCUGUAACAAAUCGUUAUGUCUCCAGCAAUGAUAUCCAGUUAAAAGGAACAUUGACAAAUAAAGCUACUAGUGGAGUUGAUAACAUACUGAAAAUGCUUUUGGAGCAUGGCCAUGUAACACAAAGAAACCCAUAUGAAAUACUGGCAGAUCUUAAAACUGCUCUGGCACAAAAGUGUCCCUCAACUAAGAACCCUGUGGAAGCAAAUGAAAGCUCAAUAGAUACUGAUGUUACAUGUACCCCCAACAUUGGUGAGUGUAUAUCGCAGGGUAUACAUCAUGACUCAUUAAUAUGGCAGUCAUCAAAUACAGGAACUGGUGAGAAUGUCCCAUUGGCAAAACAGUGUGAACCAAACAUGUUGUCAUACAUGGGUACAUCGAUCAAUAAGGUGAUUGAUAUCGUAGAAGGGAUCAAUAUACCCUCGUCAGAUGACAAUAUUCCAGACAUCUUAUCUUGCAAGGGUAAUGGGCUUCUACCAUAUGAAAGUGCACCGAAGGAGACAGCCUAUAUGGUUCGUGUUUUCCAGUGGAAAACUUCAGAACUAUCUGCUAUUCUUCAAGAAUUUGUUCAAACUUGCCGUGAUUUAUUGAAUGGAAAGGUUCACAUAGAGAAGUUUACUGAAAGAUUAACCUGGACUCUGGAAUGGAUUCUACCAUAUGAAAGUGCACCGAAGGAGACAGCCUAUAUGGUUCGUGUUUUCCAGUGGAAAACUUCAGAACUAUCUGCUAUUCUUCAAGAAUUUGUUCAAACUUGCCGUGAUUUAUUGAAUGGAAAGGUUCACAUAGAGAAGUUUACUGAAAGAUUAACUUGGACCCUGGAAUGGAUUGUGAACCACUGUUUUUCCCUUCAAGAUGUUUCAAGCAUGAAGGAUGCUAUAAAAAACCAUUUUGACUGGGAUGAUUCGCGAAGUGAGAUUGAAAUGGAAACUGGAGGGAUUAAUCCUAUCUUUGAAUUUGACAAACUUCAGACAGGAAGAGGAAACUCAUUAUACUCUCCGGAUUUUUCCUCACUCAGCCGUAUGAGUGCUUUGCCAGAGGAAAAAAUUCUACCAUCUGUAGAUGAUGAAAGUCAAUUAUCGAAAGAUGAGUUUCCAGAAGAUGGACUUACAAAGGCGGAUUUGGAUGAGAAACUGCAAGCAGAAACAGUCAAGAGUGAUUCCUUGAUGGUUCAACUUCAGGAAUCAGAGAAAGCAAUCAAAAGCUUGCAAAAAGAAGUAGAACAUCUCAGACAAUCAAAGAAGAUGACUGAGGAUCAAAUUGAGAAAGAAAAGAUGGGGAAAGAAGACUUUGAGAUGCAACUCAAAGCAGCUAAACUGGAACUGAAUGAAGCUUGUCAAAAGGCUUGCUGUUUAGAAAAGGAACUUGAGGACAAAAAUAACUCCUAUAAGAAGCUCGAUUCUACAUGUCAUAUGCUUCAGCUGCAGCAAGAAAGCACAAAACAAAGGGAGUUAGCAGAGAAUGCCGAGGUGGACCCUGAAGAAAAGCUUCUUCAAAGCGAUCGGGAAAUCACUGCAGCUUCAGAAAAGUUGGCAGAGUGUCAAGAGACUAUUUUGAACCUAGGGAAGCAGUUGAAAGCAUUGGCCUCGCCUGGGGAUGCAGCUCUCUUUGAUAAGGUGAUGUCUACAAACUCAGAAACAACUAAUGCUACCAUGACAACCCCAAGGAAGAGUUUUGGACGUCGUUCGUCUCUUCUUGACAAGAUGCUGGCUGAGGACAAUGAAAUGGGUUCUCCUACUACCAAGGAAGUCAUUCUUGAUGCAAAGAGAAAUACAUCCUCCAGUGUUGGGGGUUCAUUGACAAAUGGGAGCACGCAUUCAGGAUAUGAAGCUGUUAAUGGCUCCCGUGCUAUUGUACCUAGCAAGAAAAAGAAUGGUCUAGGAUUGUGGAAGAAGCUGUUGCGAAAAGGCAAGAAAAGUAGUAGCAAGACAAAACUUAACGUAUGACCUGCAUGAACGUCAUUUGGCGCAUAAAGCAAUGUUUUUGUUUCCCACUCUCUCUAUCUCCCUCUCUUUCGUUUCUCGUUUUCCUGUUCUUGUUCUACUGUAAGUAGUAUUGUAUAUGAGAACUAGAACUUACCCGUAAACCUCAUUGAUAUA